AUCGUAUGGACCAGACUUCAGAUGGCCUACUUCAAUGCCCGAAUAUUACAAGGAUUUCGUUUUCUGGGAUGACAAAGAAGUUGCGCUUAAUCAUCUCUAUUUCUUUGAUAAUCUUGAUAAGGGUGCAUUUGAUACACAUAAGAAUGAUUGGGUGUUGAUAUAUCAACAAAAAGUGAUUAAAUUUGGACCAAAAUACAUAAACCAGCAAGUAGCCGACAUCGAGGAUGAAUUGAUUGGCUCCAUUUAUAUGCCAGUUGAUCUAUCGCAACAUGUGAAAGUUUCACCAGCAAGAAUAGUGCAUGCUCUU